AGUAUGAAGUCGUUUUCUCCUACCCUUGUCAACUUCCCUUAUUACUCCCUCGAUCGAUCCGCCGGCAAGUUUACAACACCUUCCCGGCCUCGAGACGCUCCCAUCUCGAACCUCAGCAGCCCAUGCAACCAGAACGCAAGUACAGAAACAUCCUUCCAGGUCCUCCGACUACUUCCACGACAUAUUUCGCCGACGACAAUGGUGAGGCUGCCUUCGGGGGCUCUGGCGGUCAAGAGGGCUCCAAGCGAAAGCGCCGGGCGACUACUAAAGCAUGCAACAGCUGCCGCGAGAAGAAGAUAGGGUGCAAUGGCCUGCAGCCCUGCAGCCACUGCAAACGCCGCGGCCUUGUCUGCGAAUAUGCUACCAUCUCCAAGGCGGUCCUGAAUUCUAUUCCUCCGGGCAUGAAACUACUUGACGAGACCACGGCAAAGAACCAGAAAUAUUCGGCUGAGCUACUCGACCUCCUUCGUUCUGUGCCCGAUGACGAGGCCCGGGACGUCCUUCAGCAAUUGCGGGCAGGACGAGAUGUUGGAAACAUCGUCAACACCCUCCGGGGACAACUACAUUCCGCCCAUGACGUUCCCUUUCACGGGCUCCUUCACGCAGUUUCUCCUCCUAGCCAGACUUCCCUCGAGUUCGAGUUGAUGGUGCGUCACGCCAUUGCCUAUUCACCCUGGGCUCCUACUGAACUUCCACAAAAUAUGGAUUUCGACUUGACCUUGAGGAUCGCUCCAAGCGUCGUGUUCGAUUCACCUUCUGCGGCGCGUUCGCCAAUGUCAACCGACACCCCGUCGCCUCUCCCCCCUACGGAUAUAGAGUCGCCUUCAGGCGCAGGCAAGACUCGUAUCAUGCCGGCGGCGGAUUCCAGAGACAGUAGCGUCAGUCUCAACUUCAAUUCCCAAAGCAAGCCGGGCGGCAGGGAGGCCUCUUCAGCAGACUUUCCGCCUCUUUGCGACGAGAGGCUGCUCAAUGCGGACAUCCUAGCAUGGACGGGGGUAAAGAUUCCCAUCGUGGCAGCCAGGAGAACCCUUUCUCUAUACCUCGAAACCGAUCAUGCAAUCACGGCGCUAUUCGACGUCGAUCUCUUCCUCAACGACCUGGUCUCUAGCGGAACCCGGUUCUGCUCCAGGCUCCUCGUUAGCUCCUUACUCAGCUGGGCUUGUCAGGCUUACACGGCGUAUGAGUUGGAGGCGACGAGUUGGAGUCAUGCCUUCUACGACGAGGCGGGAAUGCUUUUGGAGCACGAGACGGCGAUGGGAUUGGCGACUCCCAAUACGGUGGCUGCUUUGCUCUACUUGAGCAUGUCGUCAACCUGCCACGCGAGAAGCGCCACCGACGCUGCCGGAUAUUUGGACCGCGCCAUCGACCUUGCCAAAGGCAUAGGAUUAUUUGGCAUUGCAGACGAGGCUAUGUCUGUGAGGUGGCCAGACGGCGCUUCUGAUGUUCUCUGGGAGAAAUCUCUCGCACAAACGGCCUGGGGAGGUUUCGUCUACAUCACGUACGUUCUUCGAUUCGUCCAAAGCAUUGCAGGAAAUCCGCUCUGCGGUGCCCGGGGAUACCAAGAGAUGAUACCAACACGAUGCGCGCAAAACCAGACAUGCAAGAUAGCCUACCCGCCGAGGAUGCCGAUUCCGGGGGACGAAGACGAUUCCGAAGACGUAAAGUCUCCCGGCGGACCGCACUUCCCAGCCUACAUGGGGACUGCAUUUCCACACGUAUGUAAACUGGCCCUGAUUGCCCACGAGAUGAUAUGGAUGAACUAUGGCAACACUUUGGCAGUCGGGGGCCACAGCAUGGUCAAGUACAUGGAGGUGCUGUACAGACGGUAUCUGCAAUGGGCCGACAACCUGCCGCUGGAAAUGGUGAGAAGCGGAGACAGCUCGCAUCACGUUCUGCUUUUGCACAUCUACUUGCACGCAUUUGUGCUCGAUCUAUUCCGCCCUUUGGUUCAGUAUGGCGACGCGAUGCGGGUCCGACUCGAGUCCUUUACUUCCCAGCAGGCGUCCCCAGAGGCCAUCUGCCUCGCUUCAACUGCUCAAUUGGGCCAGAUCACCAUCACUUACCUCCAGAAGUGCAGUUCCGCGUCCCACAGCUUCCUCUGGAGCACUGCGCUCCUUUACUUUGCAAACGCCGCCCUCCGAGAACUGGCGCAGGUCAGCGAAAGCUCGGAGAAGCUGGCCGACUUGCGCGCCUGUUUCCUGGGCUACCAGAGGCUGCACAGGCCGUUCCGGCUGUCGCAGGGAAUCGUCCGAAGCCUGCUGUCGAUGGCGCUGCGGCAAGGCCUGUUGACGUCUUCGGAGGCGAGGGCGAUCAUCAAAGACUCGAACGAGAACGCGAAGCACCACCGGGGCUCGGACGAAGUGCAGGCGCCAUUCGUCGUCGACCUCGACCUCGCGACGAUGAACCCGACGGCAGCACACGUCGAGAGUCUCGCGGCCGAGUUCGAGGAGCUCGCAAUCCUCAACGAGUUCACGGUGAUAACGUCGGGGAGGGAGGCGCCGGAGAUCUCGAGCGAGGCUCUCAAUUCCGACGGCGAUGUUUAAGACGCUGGCAACCGGAGGCGAGGGAUUCGGUGUGAACGCCUCGGAGUCGAACACGUUUUUGGUUCAGCAAAGGGGAGGGGGGGGGGGCCAAGAGCGCGCUAUCAGCGGAGGAUUACAGAAUCAAGGCCGACUUGACAACGUCGGUUUCCAGAGGUCACUUUGUCAAGGUCGGCACAGAAAGUACACACACGGUGGCCUGUGAUGGAGCUCGAGGUUACUGGGGAUGCUUUUCGAUCAGUGGGGGAGAGGGAGGCAUGGGUAUCUUCGGGGUUUAGGAGGUGGUGACGGGGGCAGGAAAAGUUAUAUUCACAU